UAUGACCUGAUCAAAGCUAUUUGUAUAAAUUCUCAUCACAAAUAUAACGACUGCAAUAUUGUCUUACAAAAAUUAGUAAAGCAGAAAUUAAUUAAGUUUUCAGAGUAUUAGCAAAAUGCUAGCCAUUUCUUCUUCUCCUUUGUUUUCUGACCAUUUUGGAUGGCUUUUGGAGGAUCCCAUAAGCCAUCAAUUUAUAAACACUGCCGCAGAAACUUCAGAUAAUUUAUCAUCAUCUCAAACAAGAUUACUUCAACACUGUGAUUCAAAUAAAUUUGAUCAGAUUAUUAAUAAUGGUGAUCAACCUGAUCAGAUGGUUAAGAAACUUAAUCACAAUGCUAGUGAGCGCGAUCGCAGAAAAAAAAUCAAUACCUUAUAUUCUUCUCUUCGUUCUUUGCUUCCAGCUUCUGACCAUACGAAAAAACUAAGCAUUCCAUCGACAAUAUCAAGAGUGCUAAAAUACAUACCAGAGUUACAAAUUGAAGUGGAAAGACUAAUUGAGAAGAAAGAAGAACUUACAUCAAGAACCAUCUCUAAUAAAGAAAAUUCAGCUGAUUUUAACAAGCAAAAAAGAAGAGGAGGAAAUGAGAUCUCUUCAUUAGUAAUUUCAGCAAGUGAAGUAGGUGAUAAAGAAGUAGUAAUUCAGAUAUCUACUUUGAAGAUCAAUAAAUGUUCAUUUGGUGAGGCAGUAUCAGAAUUAGAGGAUGAAGGACUUUCUCUACUAAAUUCAUCUUGUUUUGAAACAUUUGAAGAUAGAGUAUUCUAUACCUUGCAUUUUCAGGUUCAAGGAACAAUGGUGGUUGAGCUUGAUACGUUAAGAGACAAGCUCUCAUCUUAUUUUGAGGAGGACAAGUAAUUACUUCAUUGAAUUUUCCAGUUUCAUUAUUAGAAGGAUUUAACUUCUAUAGAAAGACGUUAUAUUUGCAUCUUUUUUCCUUUUUAUUAUUUUUCCGUAGGAUAGGAUCAACAAAAUAUGUAAAUGUCUUUUUUUAUCUACCCUGUUUUUGUGACAGCCUUCAUUUAUUUUCAAGAAAGAGAUGCAAUAUCCUGUAAUCAUAGACUGGUGACUGUUAAUAUUAAUUAACAAGAUUCUAAAGGCUUUGGACUUUAA